AUGGACCAUCCUCCUCCUCCAGAGUCGUCCGUCGUCGACCCGAUGAUGCGAGACUUAUUCGGCAAAAACCACCACGAAGUCUCCAACGAUUGCGCGAUAAAGAUACAGAAAUUGGAAGCGAGAUUAACGAGCGGGAAACCAAGACGAGUUUUGAGUCCCGGGGAUUCAAAAAUGAUGUUAAACGCGACGACGACGACGACGGGAGGAGGAACGCCCAUCGACGGCGCAAAAACGAAAGCUGAUGAUGUAGACGAUGACGACGCCGCAAAACUCGAGAACGAGAAAGAAAAGGCCAUCGAGCGAGAAGUUCUCGAAGAUUCCGACGAGGAAGAUUAUUCUUCCUCUCUGUCUGAUGCUUUGAAAGAAGACCAAGAGAACUCGAGAGAGUCGCAGAGAGAAAAUCGAGCGCCGAAGACAUCGACGACUUCCUCAAGAAAGAAGACGAAGAAGAAUAAAAAGCAAGAGGACGAAAACAACAACAAGAACGACGAGGACGCGGUAGGAGUCGUUUUAUCGUCGUCUGUUUCCGCGGGGAAGAAGAGGAAGAAAGGAUCAUCCGGGUUCGCCACGGUGGCGGCGGCGAGGAAUACUACUAAUGGAUUGAGUCACGACGGCGGGAUGAUUGCGCAGUUGGAAAGCGCGACGGGAGUUUCUGGGAGAGUAGUAGGGGGUCAUCAUCGCGUGGUUGGUGGGAGCGGCGGUGUCGUCGCGGCAGCUGCGACGUCGCCUGGAUUCGAUCAUCAUCAACAUCAAGGAGGAGGAGUAAAUAAUAGAAUUUUCGUCGGAUCCGGCGACGGCGGUAAAAGCAGAGACGGAUCGGACGUACCGAAAGAAGUGUUCCAACCGCCGUUGCAGCGCGAGUUAUUCGGUAGCGUUGGCGUUUCUCCCUCCUCCUCCUCCGCAAUGCAACGCCAACUCCAACAGCAACAACAACAACUCCAACAACAACAACAAGAAAAAAUCAAACUUUUUGAAGAAAAAAUACUCGCGUUGCAACAACAAGUCGAAGAAGUCACUCGCGAACGAGAAGACGCGGAAAGACAAGCGGAAGCGAUCGCGACAAAGUUACACUCGGAUGAAAAGCAAGUAGAAAUUCGUCGUCGGAGAGCGCGAAACGCGUUCGCGCAGCUCGGAAAACUCGAACGCGCCGAGGCGAGGCGCAAAUUGAGAGAUCGAAGUCAACGCCUCGGAUCCGUGGCGGUGAGAAGAGUUGGGACGCAACUGAACGAAGUGUGGGAAGACGGCGAAGCGUUCGCGCAGUUGGAAGAGAGGAUGAAGAAAAUCGCAGAACAAAAGAAAGACGCGGAAGAGCGAAGGCGAGCGAUUAAACGAAAAUUGCCGCCUCCGGGAGCGUCGGCAGAGACGGGUAGCAACAUCAACAACAACAACACGAAAGAUACAACAGCAGAUAGAAAUAGCAUGAACAACAACAACAACAACAACAACAACAACAACACCAAACAAAUCUCAGACGUCCACCGUGAGUUCGCGCUGAGCGAAGAGGUGCACAAAACCAGAGUCAACCAGCUUCGAAGAGAAGAGGAGGCGAUUUCGAGAGAACGCGAGGUUCUGGAACGCGAAAAGUUAGCCUUGGCGAGAGAAAUUAAACGAACGAGAGACGAAGACGACUCAAGAUUUAACGAUUUCCCAAUGCUAGGCGGCCAGGAACCCGGGUGCGAACGGUACGUGCUCACUAAUCUGUUAGGCCGAGGAGGCUUCUCGGAAGUCUAUCGAGCCUGGGAUUGUCACGAGAUGAAGGAAGUCGCGUGUAAGUUGCAUUCGUUAAAUCCGCGAUGGUCGGAAGAGCGGAAACGAGCGUACGUCCGCCACGCCGCUCGAGAGUGUUCCAUUCACAAAUCGUUAAAACACGACCACGUGGUGAAAUUGUUAGACGUCUUCGAGGUGGAUUCGGAUACGUUUUGUACCGUCUUAGAGUUGUGCGAAGGCGACGAUUUAGACGCUCGAUUGAAAAACACCGGGAGCAUGUCCGAACGCGAAGCGAGAGCAAUCGUCGCGCAAAUUUUCGCCGGGUUAGCGUAUUGCCACGGCGAUACGAAGCGCGUCAUCCACUACGACUUGAAACCUGGGAACAUCUUAUUCGACAACUCCGGUCGCGUGAAAAUAACCGAUUUUGGUUUAUCCAAAGUCAUGGAAAGCAGAGAGAAUAUCGGGUCGAACAACGAUUUCACUUCCGUGGAACUCACCAGCCAAGGCGCUGGGACGUACUGGUACUUACCUCCGGAGUGCUUCGAAACCGGCCCGGCACCUCCGAAAAUCUCCAGCAAAGUCGACGUCUGGUCCGUCGGUGUUAUUUUCUACCAAAUGGUAUACGGCAAACGUCCUUUUGGUCACGAGCAAACGCAGGAACAAAUUUUGCAAGCCGGAACGAUUCGAGACGCGAAGAAAGUCGAGUUCCCGCAGAAACCGGCGUUGAGUAACGAAGCUAAGGAGUUCAUCUGUAAGUGUCUGAGUUACAGACAAUCGGAGCGACCGGACGUGUUGCAAGCCGCGCUGGAUCCGUACGUGCAGUUUGGCGGAGCAACAAACAACGGAGGAGGAAAGUAG